UUUGGUAGCCAACCCAAAAGUGCUCUGUUUGGUUGUAGCCAGCCUGAGUCUGCCCAAGCUUACCAGCUUUUGUCUGGUGGCCUUCAUGAUUGUACUGUGUUUGGUGCCAGUCUUGGAAGUGCUGAGGCUUGUAGGGGCAGCUCAAAAGUGUCUUCAGAUUCUGUCCAAGCUUGUUGGGGCAGCUCGAAAGUGUCUUCAGAUUCUGUCCAAUUGGAGGAGUCUUCAGAUUCUGAUGAAGAGGACGUCUUGUGCAGCACAGAAGUCAGUGCUGACUCUGCCGCUCCCUCACCUGCAGACGGCGACCCCUUGAUGGCCAUCGUGAGCAAGCAGCGGUUCGACGGCUCUUGGCUCCUCGAGGACGUGGCUGAGCUGUGCGGCGUUGCUUGCGCCGUGCUUGGGGAGAGGAAUCCAGCCAAGACGGAGGCGGCGUGGGCGACGGCCCUGGCGCUGGCCCUGCUGGAGAAGCGGCACGCGGAGGCGCGGGACCAGUGGAGUCUCUUGGCCACGAAGGCGCGGGCCUUCCUCUCGGGCUGCCAGGAGGACGCGCAGGCGCUCGCUGAGGCCGCCCGUGCGCUGCUGGAGGCGCGCCCUUAAGCCCUGCCCGCGCUCCUCUCCCUCUUUCCCUCGCCCACCACCAUCGAAGUGGGAGGGUGGAUGGGAGGAAGUCUGAUGCUGUGCUGUGCUGUGGCUACCUGACAGUCUUCAACGGAAUUCCUAAGGCACAGUCGACUACAACCACGAAGGAAAGAAGAGAUUCGGGCAGAGAGCGCCCCUCGCCGGCCCCCAAGUUCCCCAGACGGUGAAUCUCCGACCCCGAUUUGGUUCCCGCAGCAGGCGAGGCAGGUGGAACCGCGAGGCAGGUGGAACCGCGGCGUAGUUCGCAUUGAGAGCCACAGUAGACUUCAGACUUUUUUUCACAUCAUUGAUAAAAAGAAAGGAAUAAAUUAAGCUUCUAAUAAAAAUGGAUGGAUCACCUUGAGUACCAUACUUGCCUGCUAGUAUUUAGGAUAUGAGCCAAUUCUUGCUUGUGAUUUUUUUCUGUUUGGCUGUGAUUAUUUUUGGAAUUGAUAUCGAUAUUGCCACAUUUUGCUUUGACAAGGAAUGUCACUGCAAUGGAAGGGAAUAUUUGGUAGAUCAGCUUCGAGACCAGUAUUAUUCCAAAAUACAAGGGCUUAUUUGUGUAUUUUAUGUUCAACAAAGACACUGCACCCAUAGCAUUAGUCUUUAAGUGUUGCUAUUUUUCAUAAAUAACUUCACGCUGGAUGUUAAUUUGUAACACUGCUGCAGCAGAAAUGUUUAUUGCUGAAUAAAAAUGUUUCUGAUUAGUAA